AUGUCCUUCUUUGAGUCUCUUAGGGACAAAGCAGUGGCUACUAUUACUCAAGUUCUAGAUAAGAAGGAGGAAGUGAAAUUGACCAAGGAUGAGCUCUUCUGCAAAGAGUAUAAUUUGCCAGACGGUGAGACUAUAUUGUCAGAAUCAGCCGCUGAAGUUGGUGUCAAAUCCAGUCAUAAUAAAGAUGCAUAUAAGAACAUUCCAUUUCCACAAGGUAGAGUGUAUGCAACCCAACACUUCUUAGUAUUCAGAGACCUGUUUGAUCAUAGGAAUUGCUGUUUCACUAUUCAUUUACUGAGUGUCAAGAAGGUGGAACGAUUACCCUCUCGGGACUAUGGCUUUGCAUUAACAAUUACCACUCAUAGUCAGAUAAGCGUCACGCUUUACUUGAUAGGUUUAAGGUCAGACAGUGAGAAAUUUGCUCAAACCUUGAAAGUCAUUUUGAAGAAGAAUUUGAGUAACAUCAAUAAGUUCCAAAUUUUCCUCAAGACUUGCUAUUCGGAGUAUUUGUUGGCCAAGAAUCAAAUUAGCAAUGAAAAAAUCGACAGCCCUCCGAAUGGUGGACUUGGCUUGGAAUUCAAAUUUCCAGGAAAUGCCAAAGAUUCGAAAGACAAAUCAAAAAUGAAAUUGUGGUUUGAUUUGUUUCGUGUGGAUGGUAGGAACUUAUCAUUGAUCAAAACCCCUAUGUUCUACAAGCUUGUCAGGGUUGGUCUCCCAAAUAGAUUGAGAGGAGAAAUUUGGGAACUAUGCUGUGGAUCUAUGUAUUUAAGAUUAGCUGAUCAAACUGAAUACGAGAAGUUGUUAUCACAAAAUAUGCAUAAGAAAUCGAUUGCUAUUGAAGAGAUCGAGAAGGAUUUGAAUAGGUCAUUACCGGAAUAUUCGGGAUAUCAAUCUCCAAUUGGUAUCGAAAGGCUUAGGAGAGUGCUCACCGCUUUUUCGUGGAAGAACCCGGAAAUUGGCUACUGUCAAGCCAUGAACAUUGUGGUUGCAGCUUUGUUGAUUUACAUGUCCGAAGAACAAGCAUUUUGGACCCUUAACUUAUUGUGCGAUAAGAUUGUUCCCGGGUAUUACUCAAAAACUAUGUACGGAACCCUCUUGGAUCAGAGAGUUUUUGAAUCGUUGGUCCAAUCAACUUUACCAAUGAUAUGGGAGCAUGUCGAGAAAAAUGAUAUUCAGUUGUCAGUUGUUUCUUUACCUUGGUUUUUAUCAUUAUACUUGACCUCAAUGCCAUUGGUUUUUGCAUUUAGGAUCAUUGAUAUCUUUUUCUUACAAGGUGCCAAGACGUUAUUUCAGGUUGGGUUGGCAAUCUUAAAGGUAAAUGGAGAGGAAUUGUUGAAAACCAACGAUGAUGGAACCUUUAUUUCAAUUAUAAAGGAAUACUUUAAUACUCUUGACCAAUCAGCACAUCCUAAUUCUCCAAAUCCCAAGUUCAGAAAUAUCACAAAGUUCCAAGAACUCUUGGUGACUGCCUUCAAAGAAUUUUCUAUCAUUAAUGAUGAAAUGAUUAACAAACACAGAUUGAAAUAUAGAGAUUCAAUCUUCCAAAACAUUUCUUCGUUCGUGAAGAGAACAGAGAUAAGAAACUUACCUAAAUUGGCCAAUAUAGACCAAGCUACAUUAAGCAUUAUUUAUGAUCGAUUUUACGCAUUUGUGGAGUCUUACAAUGUUACAUUAGGAAGUGGGUCUUCUCUUAUGGAUUUUAAAGCAUUUAAAAGAUUCAUGAAUGAUAUUUGUGAUUGGAUAGAUAAUAGAGACCAUCAAGGUGCGGGUGUCACCACAGAUGAUUUCUUGAGAAGACUAUUCGAUAAUUGGGAUGUGGAGGGAGCAGGCUUCAUCUCAUUGUCUGAUUUGGUGAUUGGACUUAACAAAUUGGUGGAGAAAGACUUGAUGACAUCAAUCUCUAAUUUCUUUGAAUUGUACGAUGUGAGGAAAUUAGGCAGAAUUGAUAGAGAGGGCAUAUUGCAAGUUUCAGAGGACUUAUUGUGUAUAACAUCACCAUGGAAGGAUGGUAUUCUUUUUGAUAGAAUUACAGAUGGACUAAUCUCGCAAACUGCACUAAACGAGCAAAAGAAGAACCCAGAUUUUGAAGGAGAAAUUAUUAUUGACAGACUGAAGUUUGAACAUCAACAAAUUGAAAGAUACUUAUCAGGUGCUAGUACCUUUAUUCAAAGAGCAUUUGAGUAUGCACAACCAGUUGAGGAAGAGAUUUUGAUUCAGGAUUUAGUUAUGGACAACAAAAUCUCACACAAUGCUGCAUUGAAUCCAAAUACACCAGUCUUCGUGAAUCUUCCUACCUUCAGAAUGGUUGUGUUAGCCGAUGAAACUUAUGAAUUGUUCUUUAGUAAAACUUUUAGAAAAUCCAUUCAUCUUGAUAAACCAUUGGACUCUAAAUUUGACUCAAUCAGGAACCUUAGAAGUAUGUUUGAUGGAUUAUUGGCUGAUGGUAGAAAAGUGGCAAGAGUUGUGAGAGACCGUGUGGAUGUUGCAGCCAACAAUGUGUUGCACAACAAUGAGGACAAUUCCUCUAUGAAAUCUUCUAAAUCCAAGGUCCAUGAAGAAGAGGAAGAAAGGGACGAUGAUUUUGGUGUAAUUUCUAUCAAUGAAGCUGAUAAGGACUUGUUACUUGGUGCAGAAGCUCAGGUAUUGACUGACCCAGUUCAUCCUGGAUCAGGUGCUAAUAGAGAUUUGAAAAGAUUGCACCAGGAAAAUGGGAAUGUCCCAGAUAGUGAAAGGAAAGAUGAGAAGGGGGAAAUCAAGAACUUAAUCGAGUUCGACAAUUCAUGA